AUGGAGGAGCUGCGAGCGUUCGUGUCCAAGUCGUUCGAGCGUCGGUACCGGCCGCAGGACGGCGGCGUGGGAGUCGUCGGCGCCACGUUCCGAGACGUCCUGCGGGCGGGCAGCCCUCGCUGCGGGGGUGCCGGGGGACCCCCGCAAGGGGACCUCGCAUCCCCCCGGGGUCCCUCGCCCCCCUCGUCGCCCGCCCCCUCGUCGCCCUCGUCGCCGACGUCAUCGACCUCGUCAUCGCUGCCGCGACGUCGCCCGAAGCAGCGGCGGAGCCGCACCAAUUUCAGCGCGGAGCAGCUGGGCGAGCUGGAGGGGCUCUUUGACGAGACGCACUACCCCGACGCCUUCAUGCGGGAGGAGCUCAGCCAGAGGCUGGGGCUCUCUGAGGCUCGCGUACAGGUUUGGUUUCAGAACAGGAGAGCCAAAUGCCGGAAGCAAGAAAAUCAACUACACCGAGGUGUGUUCUUCAGCGCGAGCUCUCACCUGGACGCCUGUCACGUGGCCCCCUACCUCAGCAUCAACUCACUGCGCCUCCCCUUCCAGCAGGUCCAAAUGGAAGGGAUCUCCACGCAUGCAACUCUGCAAGGCACUCAUCCUCCAUACGUGCUCUUCCCUCCACCUCCUCCACCUCCUCCACCACCUCCUCCUCCUCACUCCCAUCCUCACCUCCACCACCACCACCACCACCACCACCCACACCACCACCAACACCACCACCACCAACAACACGAGCAGGAGAGCCAAACGGUGGACGAGGUGGACGAGGUGGACGAGGCGGAGGCACGCGGGGGCCCUAGGGCUGGUCGAGAGCUCAAUGUGAACUUGGCGUCUGAUUGA